AUGGAUCUAUUGGCUUCUUUGAGUACACCAAAAAUCGCAGUUUAUGAGCCGUUAGAUUUGUUUAAGGGCAAAGACGCAGAAGAGAUGGUGAAAACAAUACCCUUUUAUAGCUUUCUUCCUCACGAACCAUGCAAGCUUGAUGGUAGUUCAAGAUCAUUCGGUAAGGUUGGAAAUCAUGACGAUGAGACUGUAGCAUUGCAUAUUGGGCUUCCUAGCAGCAGUGAUAAGGUUAUUGUUGCGGAUGAUAGCAAUGGUGACAACAACAACAAGAUGGUGCCAAAUGUGUCACCAAAUUUUGAGUACUGGAUUCCUACCCGCGCACAAAUACUUGCUGGAUUUACGCACUUCGCUUGCCAUAUCUGUAAUAAAACCUUCAAUCGUUAUAACAACCUUCAGAUGCACAUGUGGGGACAUGGGUCUCAGUACAGAAGAGGAGCGGAUUCUUUACGAGGAACACAACCACGAGUAAUGAUAGGGGUGCCAUGUUAUUGUUGUGAAGAAAAAUGCAAGAACAACAUCAACCAUCCGCGGUCUAAGCCACUCAAGGAUUUCAGGACACUCCAAACACAUUACAAAAGGAAACAUGGGAAUAAGUGUUUUUCGUGUAGAAAGUGCGAAAAGAGUUUUGCGGUAAAAGGUGAUUGGAGAACACAUGAGAAGAAUUGCGGCAAACGGUGGCUGUGUGUUUGUGGUUCCGAUUUCAAACACAAGAGAUCGCUUAAAGACCAUAUAUUGUCUUUUGGACUUGGCCAUUCUCCAGCACCACCAUCUUAUCAUGCCAUAUAA